ACUCUAUUGCGCGACAUUCAUUGAUCUAUCAUGGUUCUGCGCUCAGUCCUUGCAGGUCUCGCCGUCCUUGCAGGUAGUUCUGCCACGAGAGCGUUCCUCACCGACUCCCGCUCUCCGCACAUCGAAGUCCGUUCGCAGAUUUACAAUGACACUGGACUUCGGUACGUAAAGAAUUCCGGGAUUUGUGAGACAACGCCAGGCGUAGAACAACUGUCAGGAUACAUUGAUGUUGGCACCAACAUGUCCAUGUGGUUCUGGUUCUUUGAGGCGCGCAAUUCACCCGAAACUGCACCUUUCACAUUAUGGCUCAAUGGUGGUCCUGGUUGCUCCUCUAUGAUCGGCCUCUUCCAAGAAAAUGGGCCUUGUCACGUUACCCCCGACGGGAAUGCAACGUUCCUGAACCCGUACAGUUGGAAUAAUGUUAGCAAUAUCAUCUAUAUUGACCAGCCUAUUGGAACGGGAUUCUCUUAUGGAACAGACACGGCGAACAGUACCGAGUCAGCUGCACCGUUCGUCUGGACUGCAUUCCAAGUACUUUUUGAGAGCAAACAGUUCUCCAAAUACUCGAGCCGAGAGUUCAUCUUUGCCACAGAAAGUUAUGGUGGCCAUUACGGACCAAGUUUUGUCACGUAUUUUGAGCAGCAAACCGACCUAAUCACGCAGGGCGCUCUGCAAGGUGAACCCAUUGUCGUCAGUGCGCUGAUGAUCAACAAUGGAUGGUAUGAUCCGCUCAUUCAGAAUAAAGCUUAUGUCGACUUUGCGACAUAUGCACCCGGUUAUGGCCAACUGCAGAACGAUACUGUCCUUCAACAAAUCAAUGAAGCUUAUUAUGGUCCUGAUGGAUGCAUGGUUCAAGAGCAAGGUUGCUAUGCUGCUGGAAAUUCGACAGAAUCAAACAAGAUCUGUCUUACUUGUGACAAUUACUGCAAUGACAACGUCCUUACACCAACGAUAGGUAAUUAUGACCCAUAUGACCUCAGACAAAAUUCGUCCGCCCUUUUCCCACCUGAAUAUUACGUGAAUUAUCUUCACAAGACAGAUGUCAUGGAUAAGAUUGGCGCUGAGACCACGUAUUACGAGUGUCCAGAUCCGCCCUACUUGUUGUUUGAGAAGACGGGAGAUGAUGCCAGGACUUGGUUGCCUCAACUUUCUGCUUUAGCCAAUUCAGGCCUGAAGAUUUUGGUUUGGGCCGGCGACGCAGAUAUCAUCUGCAAUUGGUUAGGUUGUCACGCUGUAGCCCUCGCCAUGGACUGGUAUGGUAACGAGACCCUUCAUAAGACACCCUUUACAAAUAUGACCCUCGAUGGCUCACCAGUAGCAGCUAUCCAGAACGUGGACAACUUCACAUUUGCGCGAGUCUAUGGGGCUGGCCACGAAGUAGCUGCUUUUCAACCUGCUGCUGCUCUGGCAAUUUUCACCCAAGUUAUUAACAAGGAGCCUUUACACUCUGUGUAGAUAAAAGCGUCCUUGAUGUUUAAAAUUUAAUGUUGAUUAAGGAAUCAUUC